AUGACAGCAAGCAAUCCCAGGGCUGGCUGGGAGAAAGUCGGCGACCAGUUCUACCGAAAAGUACCCGUGUACGAGUCGGUUUUCGACCAGGAUCUCGAGCUUGAAAACUACCUGGUAGCUGGAGCCCCGUAUGGUGGCGCUCUAGCGCUAUGGCGGGAUACUGCCAAGAUAGCAAAGUAUCGAACAGGCCAUUCCACGAAGCCGACGAUCGACAUCUACUCAUCCUCAGGCAAGCUCAUCAGCAACAUUAACUGGGAGAGAGGCGUGAUCAAAGCCCUUGGGUGGUCCGAUGAUGAGAAGCUAUUGGUUGUUACUGAGGACGGGACAGUACAUUGCUACUUCGGCCUUCACAGUGACUUUCAACCCUUCUCGCUUGGCCACGGCUCAGAGGAAUUCGGGGUCUUGUCGUGUCGCUUCUGGUCUCACGGAUUUGUCGCUCUGCUCUCCAACAAUUCUCUGAUCGCCGUUUCAUCGUUCGAUGAGCCUAGGCCAAGGCUACUCGCCCAGACACCAGAAGGCCAAGUUCAUUCCUGGUCACUGAUUCCCCCAGCGUACACUCUAUCUAGGUCAGUGGAAGUGCUGCUAGCCGUGGACAAGACAAUAUUCGUGGUGGACGCCAGCGACGCCGAAGACCGAGGACUAUCAGAUGGACCCUUCAUGCACGUCAGUGUCUCCCCCAACGGGAGAUUCGCAGCAUUAUUCACCGAGAAUGGCAAAGUCUGGGUUGUGGGCAGUGACUUCCAGAGCAAAUACAGCGAGUACGACUCCAAGGCCAGAACAAUGCCGACGCAGAUCUACUGGUGUGGAAAUGACUCUGUUAUCCUGGCCUGGGAGGACGAGAUCCAUAUGGUUGGACCGAAUGGGGCUGCUGUCAAAUAUUACUAUGACGACCAAGUCCAUGUUGUGCCCGAUAUUGACGGUGUUCGUCUCAUCACGAACGACGUAUGCGAGUUCCUGCACAAGGUUCCUGACCCGCUAGAAGAGGUUUUCAAGCUUGGCUCGACAUCUCCCGCCUCAGUGCUAGUUGAUUCCAUUGAGCUGCUGGAAAAGAGGUCGCCCAAAGCAGACGAGAACAUUCAACGAAUCAAGCCAAACCUCCCCGAAGCUGUUGAGACCUGUAUUCGGGCUGCGGGGCAUGAGUUCAACCAAAGUCUGCAGAAACUGUUGUUACGGGGAGCCUCGUUCGGCAAAUCCGUCUUGGACCUAUACAGCAGCGACGAGUUUGUUGACAUGUGCGAAGAUCUGCGGGUACUGAAUGCCGUCCGAGACUACCGCAUCGGCCUUUACAUGUCGUACGAGCAAUAUGUCAGACUCACCCCAGAACGACUCAUCACGCGGUUGGUGAACCGGAGGGAAUAUCUUCUAGCAAUCAAGCUGUCUGAAUUCCUGCAUCUCCCUCUGAACAAGAUAUAUGUCCACUGGGCAUGUCAAAAGGUCCGAGGAUCCUCGGCGGAUGACGAUGCGGUCCGGGAAUUGGUGGUGGAGCGGCUACGCGGCAAGCAAGGCAUCUCCUUCGAAGCGAUUGCGAGAGCAGCCUACGACGAAGGACGCAGUCACCUGGCUACAACACUCCUCAACCACGAACCGAGGGCGGGCAAACAAGUGCCUCUCCUGCUCAACAUGGAAGAGGAUGAAAUUGCACUCAACAAAGCGAUUGAGUCAGGAGAUACCGAUCUAGUCUUUUUCGUCUUGCUCGAGCUCAAGAAGAAACUGCCCCUAGCAGCAUUCCUGCGCAUGAUCAGCGACAAGCCUGUGGCGUCGGCUCUUGUUGAAAGUUCAGCAAGAGCUCAAGACACAGAGUUGCUGAAGGAUUUGUACUAUCAAGAUGACCGUCCGAUCGAAGGGUCAAACCUGCUGUUGGAAGAAGCCAUGCAGCAACCGCAAGUACAAGCAGUCAUUGACAAGCUCAAACUCGCUAGUAGAUUGCUUACUGACGCUAAGGACCCUACAGCGCAAUUCCACACCAAGGCUCUCAACGAAGCCGGCCAGCUUCUCAAGAUGCAGGAAGCAUUUGAUAAGGACAUAACCGACAGCAGCGGAAGCUAUAUCGGACUGAGUGUCAAUGAGACCAUGUUCCGCUUGAUCAAAUCCGGAUACAGCAAACGAGCUGCAAAGGUCCAAAGUGACUUCCGUGUCCCGGAGAAGACCUGGUGCUGGAUUCGCCUCCGGGCAUUGACUGCUGCUCGACUUUGGGGUGAGGUGGAAGAAAUCGCUAAGAACAAGAAGUCGCCCAUCGGAUGGGAACCCUUCUACAACGAAGUGCUUGGGGCAGGCAACACCCGUCUUGCAUCGUCAUUUGUCCCGAAGUGCACUAACCUUCAGCCGUCCGAGCGGAUCGAGAUGUGGGUGAAGUGUGGCAUGGUCACCAAGGCUGGUGAAGAGGCCGUCAGAGCCAAAGAUGUGAAUGCCCUGGAACUCCUGCGCGACAAGGCUAACGGCCAGCAAUUGGUGGAGAUUGAGCGUAUGCUGAGCCAGGUGCGCCCAAAGCGGUAA